UGUAAAUGGAUAGUGUUCUUUCUCUUCAAUAAUAGGGAUUAAACUUAGGGAGCAGAGGGUUUACAAUCCAAGUCAACUGAGGCCCAUUUUAUAACAUAGUAUGGUUUGCUCAAUUGAUGAUUUUCUCAAAUACUAUAUUUUUAAUACAAGCUGUGGGUAUUUUUUUAAGGCAAUUUAUAACUGUAUAGUAAUGUUGCAUCAAUAAAAAUUAAAAUCAUUAUUGUUUAGGUCAGUUGAAAACUUGAGUAAUUUGAAAGGGGUAAAAUGUAUAUAAGAUGUUAAAUCAAUUUCACACAAUUUAAUGUAUGUAUUUAUUUCGAUAGCAAUAUAUUAACCGUAGCUCAUAAAUAAAUUUACUUUUUUUAUUAUUAUAAUUUACAUAAAAAAGAAUUCCAAGCUUUAUUAAAACAAAAAUGGAUUAGCCUUAGGCGAUGGAUUGUGUGAUUGAGUGCUUAGGUUUAUAGCCCACCCGCGGAACGUGACGACACUACAGUGGAAAAUCAAGGUCUCAGGACACAAAAAUUGUAAUUCAGGGAAGAUCAGCUGCUAAAAGGAUGUGGUUUUGCUCCUCAUACGCCUUUCGAUAGUAAGGAUUGUCUGCCCCAAAGUGAUGCGAUGCGAUGCUUGCUUGACUAAUACAACCCUCACACCGGAGUUCUGAGACUGUAUUUGUCGACCUCAACAAUUUCCUGGAGUCUUCGAUGGAUGAUGGUGGGCAUCGUGAAAAUGGAAGACUUAAAGCAGAUCAGUAUAGAACAGCUCAGGGCCAGUGGCUGAUGCAUCAGCCAUCAAUGAAGCAGAUAAUGGCCAUUAUGGCUGAACGAGACGCAGCUAUUCAAGAAAGGAAUUUAGCACUUUCUGAGAAGAAGGCAGCUAUUGCUGAGAGAGAUAUGGCAUUCUUGCAGCGAGAUGCAGCGAUUGCUGAGCGAAAUAAUGCUAUAGCGGAACGUGAUAAUGCCAUAGCAAAUCUGCAGUAUCGAGAGAACUCCUUGGCAUCUGGCAAUAUAUCCUCUUGUCCUCCAGGGUUCCAUAUCUCACGUGGAGUGAAGCACAUGCAACAUCCACAGCAGAACGUUCACCAUCUGCCCCACAUUAGUGAAGUUCCUUAUAACUCAAGGGAAAUGCAUGCAAGUGAUGUCCUACCAGUGACGCCAGGUACCUCUGAAGCUGCAAAGUCAAGACAGGGUAAACGAGCAAAAGAGGCCAAGGUAAUUGCGUCUAACAAGAAGGCUACAAAGCCUCCAAAAAAGGUAAAACAAGAGAAUGAGGACUCGGAUAAGCUUAUGUCUGGCAAGUCACAUGAGUGGAAGGGUGGACAAGAUGUGGGUGGUGCAGGUGAUGAUCUCAACAAACAGCUAGUGACAACGAAGUCUGAUUGGAAAGGUAAGGAUCUGGGGUUGAAUCAAGUUGUAUUUGAUGACUCGACUAUGGCACCGCCUGUUUGUUCCUGCACCGGAGUCCUAAGACAGUGCUAUAAAUGGGGAAACGGGGGAUGGCAAUCUUCAUGUUGCACAACCUCCUUGUCAAUGUAUCCUUUGCCAGCAGUUCCCAACAAAAGACAUGCCCGAAUCGGAGGCAGAAAGAUGAGUGGAAGCGCUUUCAACAAGCUGCUUACUCGGCUUGCAGCAGAAGGUUAUGAUUUGUCCAACCCUGUUGAUCUUAAGCACCACUGGGCCAAGCAUGGGACAAACCGCUACAUCACCAUCAAGUAGGUUGCGCAAGAUACCAAAUGCAAAUGGAAUGGUAUGGAGAAGUAGAGAAGAGUCAUCCAUGGCUCAUGUUUCUUUCGUUAGUCAUUGUAGCAGUGUAGGAAAAAUAAAUGAUCCGGAAAUAACUGUAGUAAGGAAUAGUAGUAGGUGGGUAAUGCCAACUUAAUUUUGGGUUUCCCUGGAAACGCCCCCUCCGAUAUGCCUCGAUCCUCCAUUAGCAAGCCUGGUAUUUGAAGAGAGGAGAAAGUAUCCAUUACCAUUGGCACAUCCAAGCUUGGAAAGAUGAUGGGGUUGUCAACUUGGCACUAUGUUGGCUGUAGCUCUCUACUUAAUUGUAAAAGUACUGUACCUCAAACGUCUUGUUGUACUUGAAUCAAGUUUCAGUUUAUUAGCUUAAUCCACCAAA